AUGAAUCCUUACUCACCGGCUUUCGUGCCUGGUAGCUCCAGCCAGAGGUUCGAGGACAGAUUGGCCAUUCUAAACAGUAACACUCCUCAUCCAAACGAUAGCAUUUCUACUGGUUCCCAGGUCCCUGCUCUCCAGUCUUUGAACAUGUCGAGUCAGGUCCUUCCUAGGCCCAACAAGAAUUCCUAUGGCUCACUUGCCUACUCUCAACCUUCGAUGACUGCUCAACUUCCCCACCAACCCCGCCAGACCGAGAUUGUAUCCCCAGUGACUCGCCGUGCGACUUCUUCGCUGAUACAGCAACUGAACAAACUUGAGGUUCAGGAACCAUCUAUGAGCGCUCAAGCCAUUGCUGGAUAUAGGGAAAGCGUUGACAAAGCUACCAACCCGAGUGAAAUGCCAAUUGGUAGUCUUGUUGACUUCAGAGAGCCUCCUUCUUUUGGUGUUGUUAAGAUUUCGAACAUUCCCUACUCCAUAACAAAGCAGGAAAUACUCCAGUUUCUCGGUCGCCAGGCACGCCUAAUUACUCCAGAGCAAGGCUGUCCGAUCCAUAUCAUUAUGGAAAGAUCCACCGCUAAGACGAUGGACUGUUAUGCCGAGUUUCAGACCCAUGCCGACGCCAGAGAAACCGCUAAUCGCAUCAACCGUAUCUACGAGUCUGGACGUCCGCCUCGUCUUGGUAAUCGCCAUGUUGAUGUUGAUCUGACUGACCAGAAUGAGCUUUUGAAAGACUUGUUCCCGCGUGCAAAGUGCAUUGUCUGGAGGGGCGGUAUGCCAUAUCCCCAAGAAAACAGAGACCCUUAUUGCUCAGGCUUUACUGGUUUCUUCACCGCGGAGGAAAUAAUUUUGGCCAUUCGUCAUGCAGAAAUACCUCAUCGUUCUCCCUUCUGUGACAAAUGUCCGCAACGCACUUACGAGUCCACUAUAAGUACACUCCACAAGUGUUACACGGUGCAUGAUCGUAAUCAGUUGUUUGAGUUGGUCAACCGUCACAUACAAUCUCUCGUUUCUCGUAUCCAGAGAGUCAAUACCGUUGGCCUUGAUCAGAAACUACUCAAUGAUCUGCUCCAGGCGGGUCUCAAAUGCCCAGCUUUCAAUGAGCGGCAGAAAUAUACUCUGUGCAUCAAUUCCGAGAUUUCAAGCGAAAUAAUCAGGUUACCGGAAACUAGCAAAUGGUUUCCAUUUGAUAGUCUUGCUAGGAAGCCUAAUUUCAAUGAGGACAUCUAUACAGGCAGCGAACACGAGUUUGAAACCAUGGGAUUGUCUAACACAUUUCCGAAGGAUGUUCCUGCCCUUCGUUCUCCCUUUGGUCAAAUCUGGUUUGAAUGGCCCCAGUCUGCCUCCCAAAUCAGUUGGGAGACAGCUGUCCAUCACGAAAUGGUCAUUCUCUGCACUCUGGUCUUUAAUGGAUGGAUGAAUGACGACAUGAACAAUCUCUUUAACGACAGAAGAGUAUAUGGAGAGUCAUCACUAUCACUCACCCCCGGUAAUGGCCGUAUAUUGCGCCUUUCGCCCAGUGACACUGAGAGAAGCCAAAUGUUGUCCCAUUCUGAUGCCCACGUCUCCCACUUCCGCCGCGCGAGUGAGUCUGUGGGAAUAGGCGGCGUUGUCAGCUCUGGAAAGGCCAGAAACACUUGGAAUCAUAGGUUGCUGUUGUAUCCCCCUAGUGGACAUCGCCGUGGCCACCGUAACACCCAAUCGUCUCCCAUGUGUCUUCCGUCACCCACUACCAACCCCUGGGGGGAUCUAAGUUCCGAAUGA